AAACAUGGUCCUUUGAGCCGGAUCAAUUGUAAAUUGAUUGGAACACAUACGGAAGAUCGGCGUGGCAACGACAACGGUCGGAAUACGAGAUCUCAUAAGCAACCUGUGGAUAUCCUGUAAGCAUCACGCGGGUGUCUAUAAGAAGAGAGUGAUUGUCCAAUACAAAGGAAAUCACAUACAUUAGGCCGCAAGGCAGCGGUAGAAUCUUAGCGAAGAUUCUAUAUUACAAAGUCGAAAAUACAUUCCUGCAAGGCGGACGAGUCCAUUUCACCAGCGAGGCAGGCGAGUCCAUUCCUGCAUACAUGAAGACCGAGGGUUCUCAACACGGGAAAUCGAACCAAAGAAGGAUUCUCAUCGAGAAGAAUGUAGCAAAACGAAACAAGAGUAAUCGAAAGCGUUAAGUCACUAAUAGUCACACUGUUUAAGAUAAGUAAAAGCGAAAUUCAGUAAAUUGUUUAAGCGUGAAUAAUAAUCAUUAACGUAUAACCAUGGCAUCUUCAGUCGAAGAAUGUUUAGCUAAAUUGAAACAAAGAAAAAGAAUAUUAAAAGCUAGUUUAACGCGAUCUGAAAAUUUCUUUAAAGAUAUUAAUUCGAGUGACGUUGACAUUGACGAGAUUGAAUUAAGAAUAAGCAAAGCAGAGGAGACAUGGAAAUCACUAUCAGAAGUCCAAAUGGAAAUAGGUCUUUUAGAUGAUAAUGCAAGCGAUGACGAGUUAGACAAAGAGUUAGAAGGUUAUGAAAACAAAUUUCUUCACUUAAAAUUAAUUGCUACAAAAUUAAUAAAGAGUCACAUAGGAGUAGCUAUAAGUGAGGACAGGUUAGACCAAGUAGGUCAAGGAGUAUCAGAUAACUCGCAGAGAAAUACACGUAACAACAAUAAUAAUUUUGUUAGGUUGCCCAAAAUAGAGUUGCCUACCUUUUCUGGUCUAUACAAAGAUUGGUAUGCUUUUUUUGAUGUGUUUAAUUCAUUGAUACAUUCAAACGGUUUGUUAAAUGACGUACAAAGAUUUCAUUAUCUAAAGUCGGCAUUAAAAGGCGAGGCCGCAGAAACUAUAUCUUCGUUAGAAAUUUCGGGCUUAAAUUACGAGAAUGCUUGGACUAGAUUGCAAGAAAGAUAUGACAAUCAAAGAUUAAUUAUUCAAACGCACAUUAAGGCAAUAUUUGAUUUACCUAUCGUAAGAAAGGAAAAUGGUACGGCUAUCAGGCAAGUUCUAGAUGGUGUAUUAAAACAUACUCGAGCUUUACAGGCAUUGAAGAGACCCACUCAACAAUGAAACAAUUUGCUUAUUCAUAUAGUAAUCGGCAAGCUAGAUAUCUUAUCAAUAAAGGAAUGGGAAAAUACGUUAGAGCCUACGCUAAUGCUGAGUUUCCAGGAAUUAAUAUCAUUUUUGAAUAAAAGAUGUCAAACGUUGGAAGCGAUCGCAAAUCGAAGUCAACAAAAUCAAGUAAGUACAAGCUCACGUAUCACUGGUCACAAUAAGAUCACAGCCGCACAUACUACUACGAGUAACGUGAGAUGUUCUUAUUAUAAAGAUAAUCAUCAGAUUUAUCGAUGUAAAGCCUUUCAGGUUCUAUCCGUGGCAGAACGUACUAAUUAUGUAAAGUCAAAAGGGUUGUGUCUAAAUUGUCUGCGAUAUAAUCAUAUGGCAAAGGAUUGUGUAGCGAGUAGCUGCAAAAUAUGCAAUAAAAAACACAAUUCUUUAUUACAUUUGAAAAAUGAUGAGGAUAAAGAGAACAAAGAAAAACAGUUGAAACAAAGGUCAGAGCAAGACGCGAGUAAAGAUAAAGAUAAAUUAGAUAGUGUUUCAUGCAAUCAUACUAAAUUGGAAGAAAUCAGUAAAUUAAAGCAAGUGUUGCUCUCUACCGCUGUAAUAAAAAUAAGGGAUAAAGACGGUCAAUUCAUUGAAGCAAGAGCGUUGUUAGACAACGGAUCUCAGUCAAAUUUCGUUACAGAAAAAUUCGUAAACAAACUAGGAAUACGCGGUAGCAAAACUCAAAUAAAAAUUAAUGGGAUCAAUCAGCAAGUUUCUAGUGCAUUAAAAAUUGUUGAUUUAAAUAUAUCUUCGAGAUUUGACUCUUUUAGUACGGAUCUAAAAUGCGUAGUUUUACCAUGCCUCACACAGAAUUUACCGACUAUUAAAAUAGAUAGAUCUGCAAUAGAUAUACCUAACAAUAUCAGAUUAGCUGAUCCAGAAUUUUAUGUAUCAAGGGAAAUAAAUUUGUUGAUAGGCGCGGAAAAGUUUUGGGACCUCAUCUGUGUAGGGCAGAUAAAACUCGGUAAAACCAAACCCACGUUGCAAAAAUCCACGCUUGGUUGGAUAAUAUCAGUAGUCAUUGACGUACACGAUAACAAAGGUUUGCAAACGGCUUGCAAUUUCAGUACAGAAGAAGAUUUGUAUAAUGCGGUAAAUAGAUUUUGGCAAGUAGAAGAUUGUAUAAGUCAAGAAAAUCUAAAUGACGAAGACAAAUAUGUGGAAGAACAUUUCAAGAAUAGCUAUGAUAGGAACGCAGAAGGUAGAUUUAUAGUAAAGUUACCCGUGAAUCAAAAGGUGGUAGAUCAAUUAGGAGAAUUGGAAGAUAUAGCGAUGAAAAGACUUAAGAUGUUAGAAAGAAAAUUUACAAAGGCUCCUAAUCUUAAAUCAGAAUACGUUAAUUUCAUGAAAAAAUAUAUCGAGUUAGGACAUAUAAGAGUAGUUAAA